AUUAAUCCCCACAAAAGAAAAUCAAAAUUCAGAUUUGUUUUAGAGUAUCUUUAAAACUAUUUCCAUUUGUAUAUAUCUGUUGGUGGAGGAAUGCUUGUUACCUACUCCUUUUUUAUAGCUUCCUUCCACUCUCUCCCAAAAACACACACACACAGCAGUGGUGGGGGUGGUGAUGGAGAAACACAAGAUAUGUAAGCUUUGUUCAAGAAAAUUUCCUAAUGGAAGAGCUUUAGGUGGGCACAUGAGAUCUCACAUGAUGAAUUUACAGUUACAUCAACAUGAAACAGAGUCGAUUCCAUCAUCAUCUUCAUGGUCUGAUGAAGAAGAAAAAGGUAAAAUCUUGAAUUCAUCUGAUGUUGAUGCUGAUGACUCGGUUGUUGUUCUUCCAGAUAAAGAGAGUGAGACUGAGUCAUCGAAAAACCCAAUUCGUUUCAAAAGAUCUAAAAGAGUAAGGAAAUCAAGAAAACCCAAUUUUAUGAAGAUAACAGAGUAUUACUCAUCAGUGGUUGAAACAGAGCCGGUGAGUUCGAUUUCAGAGAAUUCACCUGAAGAAGACGUUGCACAUUGCUUGAUGAUGUUAUCUAGAGAUAAAUGGAAUAAAAAUGAACAAGUUGAUUUCUACUCUGAUGAAGAAUUCAAAGAAGAGAAUUCAGCGGAGGAUUCCGGAGGAGAAGUUAAAGUAACUACAAAGAGUAGUAGAGGAAGAGGUAAGUAUAGAUGUGAAACAUGUAAUAAAUUUUUUCGGUCUUAUCAAGCUUUAGGAGGACACAGAGCAAGUCACAAGAAGAUUAAACUAUCAAACGAAGUGAUAGAAAGCGCGGCGAAUAAUAAUAAUAAUGCAGUAAUGGAAGAGAAAAUACAUCAAUGCCCUGUUUGUUACAGAGUUUUUCCAUCAGGUCAAGCUUUAGGUGGACACAAGCGAUCACAUACUAUUGGUGCUGUUGUUGCAACAAGUGUAACUGUUCUUCCUCCUCCACCUCCUGCUCCAGCUAAAUUAGAAUUAUCAAGAACUGGUGGAACAAGUUUAAUAGAUCUUAAUUUUCCUCCACCAAUGGAAGAUGAUGAUGAAAUUAUCAGUCAAGUUGAAGUUUCUGCAGUUUCUGAUGCUGAAUUUGUCAACACCAUCAACAAUCAGAGGUAGAAGUUAAAAGUCAAUUUUAGCGUCUUAUUAUUAAGCAAUUUGAUUGAACUACCCUUUUUUCCCUUAAGGGGAAUAAUAUGUGAGAGAGAAAGUUGGCAAAAACACCAUUGUUUUACUGAAAGAAUAUUGCUUGUUUGGUUUGGCAUGACCCAGAGUAUCUGGUUCAUGCAGGUUCUAGUGAGAGAAAAGUACAAAGGAUAUUUUAAUUUUAUGUGUAGACAGUUUUGUUGUGUCACAUUCAUGAGAACAUAAUUUUAAAAAUGGACCAGGGUUCCUUUUCUUUGUUGGACAAAAACCUUUUAAAUUAUGUGCUUUCGAUAUUUCUUUUUUUCAUAAAUAAUUAUUUCUAGGUUUUAUAAAACAUCUUUUGAUCAUCAUCCUACACUAAAUUAAAGAUCAAAAGAUGAGAAAAAAUUGUAUGUAGAGGUAAGGCUUUCUAUUUUGAGUAGAGCAGUUACCAAAAGAGUUUUAUUAAUGAAUGUAAUUGUGAUUA